GGGCGGAUGGCGCUGCGCGGCUCGCUGAGGGCCGGCCGGGCGCUGCUGCGCUGCCCGGGGCCGCCUGCCCGCGGGCUCUGCAGCCGGCCGCCGGCCUUCGGGUUCCUGUUCGAUGUGGACGGCGUGCUGGUGCGGGGCAGCCAGCCCUUGCCCGCCGCCCGCCGCGCCUUCCAGAGGCUGGCGGAUAGCGGCGGGCGGCUGCGGGUGCCCGUCGUGUUCCUGACCAACGCCGGGAACUGCCUGCGCUCGGCCAAGGCUCGGGAGCUGUCCCAGGCGCUGGGGCUGCAGGUGUCUCCGGAGCAGGUGGUCCUGUCGCACAGCCCCCUGCAGCUCUUCAGCCAGUUCCACCAGAGGUACAUGCUGGUGGCCGGGCAGGGGCCGCUGGAGGAGAACGCCUACGACCUGGGGUUCAAGCACGUGGUCACCAUAGAGGCCCUGAGGAAGGCGUAUCCCCUGUUAGACAUGGUGGACCUGAGCCGGAGGCCGAAAGAACUGCCUCCUCCAACCACUGGCUUCCCCACUAUAGAAGGGGUGAUUCUGUUUGGCGAGCCAGUGAGGUGGGAGACGAGCCUGCAGCUCAUUACUGAUGUGCUCCUGAGCAAUGGGAACCCUGGGGCAGAGCUGCGGGACGUGCCAUACCCUCAUCUGCCCAUCCUUGCCUGCAACAUGGACCUCCUGUGGAUGGCUGAAGCCAAGAUGCCCAGGUUUGGCCAUGGCACUUUCCUUCUCUGCUUGGAGAGCAUCUACAAGAAGGUGACGGGCAGGGAGCUGAAGUACGAGGCCCUGAUUGGCAAACCCAGCCCAGUCACCUACCGCUAUGCCCAAUACUUGAUCCAGCAGCAGGCAGGGAAGCAGGGCUGGAAGGCUCCCAUCCAACGCCUCUAUGCAGUUGGGGAUAACCCCAUGUCUGACAUCUAUGGGGCAAACCUCUACAACAACUACCUCAAGUCAGCCCGGCAGAACCAGCUCCAGGCUGGGCUGGAGAGGAGCCCACAGGCAGCCAGCCCCCAGGCUGAGGUUUCCCUGGAGCUGAGGAACGACUGCAACAACUCCGUGGAGAGCUGCGAGUCGAUUCUGGUCUGCACCGGCGUCUACCGCCACAGCGGCGACGCUGCCAGGAGGACGGAGGCACAGACAGAGGAGACGGUGUUCCAUGGACAUCGGGACUUCUGCCCCGACCCCAGCCUGCUGCAGGCUUCCUACGUAGUGCAGGAUGUGGAUGAUGCUGUGCAACUGGCUUUUGGAAAGGAAAACUGGAGCUAGGGGUCGAGGCAGGUGUGCCUAAAGAUCUGCUGUGAGGGGGUUUGGAAAGGGAAGAGGGGAAGAGUGGGGAGGGACCUGGGGGGAUUUUCUAACCUAGCUAACGUUAAAGAGAACUCCCUGUGGCAGCACUAAAAGCCCCUUAAUUUUAUUGCUGCUCAUCUGCCAUCCUGCCAGCUGCUGACAGACUUUCAGCUGUGACCGUGCAUUGCUGCCAGCCGUAAUUGAGCCGUAAUGGAAACAGGGUAUAAGGAGCAGGCUUGUCCCAGCAGUCCCAGUUUUGUUCAGCUCUCACAGCUCGUUCUUUUCCACACUCAGUGUGCAAAGAUGAGGGGAGCCCACCCCCCCUCUUUGUGAGGUGUUUGAGGGGAAGCUCUCCCCCACACAGCCUCACCCUCAGCCGUUUGUACAAUGUGCUGUUUGUCCAGGCUGGGACUCCAGCACACCAGAGGCUGGGCUGUGGUGGCACCCUGCCAAGAGAAGGCUUUAAGCCUUAACAUUCUCCUCGUGAAGAAUAAGUGCCUACAGACUUCACCAAAUUCCCUUUGCCUGGGGAUUUGCCACUGCAUCACUGUCAGUCUGAAACAAAGUUCUGUUUUGCGGUCAUCCGGCAGCUGUGGAGAGGCAGGGCCCCUCCAAGGAAGCUGCAGUAGCCAGAGCAACUUGCUGCAGGGCUGAGGUGAAAGUUAUGUCGUUCCCUUCUCCCUACUUAGCAUUCUGAGAACACCCCUGCCUUUCCACAUCCCACCAGGGAGCCAGCAGCCUGCUCUCAGAAGCAGAGGAAACCACCACAGAGUUUGAAUUGGCAGAGUUGUCUUUGCCCAGAACUCAGUGCUGCAGCAAGAGGCUCUUUUGGCACCCAGUCUGAUCCCAGCUGUUGCAAGGAACAUCCACCUGCUCCAGCUGGCACAGCUUCCAUGAGGGGCCCUUCUUUGGAACAAGGGCCAGACAAAAAGAGUCAGAGUCCACCUUUGCUCCUUCCUUGCAUGCAAGGAUUCAAAGAGGAGAUCGUCAAGCCAGGAUGGUAGCAGAGCCCCAGAUCCCCAGGCCUGGUCUUUUAGAAUACAAACGUCUGUGUCUUCCAGUUCUUUAGUUCCCCUCAUCCCUCACGUGGUUUGCAGCUCAGGGAUGCCCCAUACAGUCUGACCUCUGGUCCCUCCUCUUUCUUUAACAUGCAGGUAGACAUGAAUUAGCAGCUGGGACUUGCCUGCCCCAUUUUCCCUAUCAACAUGCACCUUCUACUGCCUCUGUUCUCCUAGCUCAGGCUAUCCAGAGAAAGAUAAGACUUGUGUCUCCACAGACAUUCCAAAGAAGAGAAGCAAGGUUUGCUUGAGGAAUUAAUGUCCAAGAUCGGGCUUAGCAAGGAGUGUCUUAAUUCCAGACCACUGUGAUUUUAGAAGCACAAAUCAGCCUGUGUAUAUGAUGAAAAGCCUUGGAGCCAACACAGCUGAGUUGGUUUUCCUAAUUACAGUCAGCUCACACCACACUGAAGUAUCACAAACAGGUCUGCUCUGGCUCUGUCUCCUCCUUCCUGCUUUAUACAGCUCCAUACUCAGGGUGCAAACAAGAUGUUCUGCACAGAAGUUGGAGUUCUUAACUCAAAUCUCAGCAUCCAUGUGUGCUGAAAUUCUGUUCUUAAGUUGUGCCAGGCUCUGUGUGUGAAGCAGACCAGGUGCUCUUUCAGUUACCCAGGUCAAAGAGCUCCUUCUCUGUUUCUCCAUCCUUCUCUUCAUGAACGGGAGCAGAAAAAUACCUCUUUGCAGUAACACUCUUUGCAUGUGUUUCCCUCCUGUGAAAUCCACAGUGGGAAGCAGUUUCUUCCACUCUUACCACUGCUUGGGGUUCUUCUCCUUUGUCUCAUCAGGACAAGGAUUGCUUGGCUGCUUCUAAAAGCAGCUGAAAUGGGAUUUGAAUCCUUUUCCUUUUGCUGGAGAGAGAAGGAAAUUACCAUUCCAUCUCGUUGCACAGGACAAGGGCUUGCCUCCAGUUCCCAGAAGAACGGGCACUGGGAAAGACUUGGAUAUAACACAGGGAAGGUCCUUAAGCUACAGCACCUCUCCACAGUCACAGCCAUGCACUCAGCGUGCAAGGCCUGAAAAGAGGAGCCCAAACCCCGCUUAUCCAUAGGGUAGCUCCAACGUCCCCCAGCCUCGCUUUUCAGAGGUGCCAUCCACUGCAGAGAGAGGAGCACUCCCUUUGCUUGCUGUACUUGCUGCCUUGCAUGGUGACUUCCAUGGGAUUCCUUGGCAUGGUCCUCACAGACCUCAGGGAGUUCCUGCUUUGCUGGCAGGAGAAACGAGCCAGGCCGUCAGCGUGGGGGCUGCUGAUUGCAGGAAUGCUGGGCUCUGUCCAUCGGCCUGUGGCAGAGCUCUGCCUUGUUACUUGUUAAAAUUGUGGUGCCAGCUGCUCAGAGAAAAGGUGCUGCUGAGCCACUGUGCCCUGAGGGCUGUGGCACCUCUUCCAAGGAAGGAAGGAAGGAAGGGGUUUGCAUUUGCACAGAGAGGGAGCCAGGCAUCUCCAUCUUUGGAACAGCAGCAGAGGUGAGCUGAGUGAUGUGAAUCUGCUUCAGGUGCCAAAUCUGCUUUUAGCUCUGGAUUUGGUUUUUUUUUUUUCCCCACCACCAGUGUUCUGUGAGUCUUAAAAAUGUGUAGGAGGAACUUCAGUGAUAAGAAAUUCUGAAAAAGUGCUUCGCUUGCGAGUUGAAAUUGAACAGAAGGGAGGAGAAGGAAUCUUGAAAUAUCUUGAAUGCUUUCCCUAAUGCAUAUCAUGUAAGGUUGCAUAAAAAACUCUGCUCAGUUGCUCUCUGCACUAAUUACACAGGGCUGCCCUUGGACUGAGCAAUGCAAAGACCUUUUCCCUCUUCCCCUUCCCAGCUCCUUGAGACUGCACUUUGUCCAAGCCCCUGCCUGGGAAUUGCAUGGACCUUCUGGAUGGAGUAGGAAAUCUGCCUUCUCCAGCUGCUGUUGGACACUGGCUUGAUUCUGAAAGGUUUCCAUUGAUGAAAUUGCUUGGCAGGUCUCCUCUGUUCCAUGAGUUGUGCUGGAGCGCUGUACAGGCUUGUAGCUCACCUCCAUUUCAUUUGUGGACAUCUGUUAUUGCCAGAAUCCAGUGAAAUCCUUCUUCCUUGGAACUGCUGCUUCCUGGAAUUGGCUUCCAGCGUGGCUGGAACAAAACUUCCUGUGUCUCAUGCAUUGCUGAGAAGUGGUGUCUCUGAGGCAGUAUUUCUGUCCUUUGGAGCAGUCACCCUUCUGUGCACAUUGUGGGAGCCCACUGCUGAUCCAACACCAAUAUUUACACGGAGCACUGCCCCAUACAACAACCAGGGCGAAGACCUGACCCUAACAACUCCAUCUCCCAAAGGUGGGCAGGUUGUAGCCAAGCCAGAAGGGAGCUUGCAGCUGAGAACAGCAGGAAGGAACCAAGGGAUAGAACUUGUUUUGGGUCUGAAGCAAAGAGCUUUUAUGGUGUGCAAUAACGUGGUGGCCAGAGAAGUCAAUUCCCUUAUUCCACAGGACACAGGCAACUGCUAACCUGGCAUUCAGGGCACCAGAUGACACUGCUGUCCCCUUCCUUCCAGUCCUAACCCUGCCACGUCUCUCUCCCUCCAGUAAAUGGUAAAUGUUUCAGAUUGUGUCACGUGCACUGUGGAAGAGUGAUCGCGUAUCAUUCAGAGAAAUCAUAAACUGUGAUUAUUUUAGAUUUCAUAUUAAUUUCAGUGCAGAGCUGCUACUUUGUUCAAGCAUAUCUGUAAAAUAAUAAAUUCAUGUUUUCUUUGAAAUACA